GCUGGUAGCCUGAAGCGGUACCCUUGAAAAUGAAAACAAAUCACAUCGUUGCUGUUUACGUGCCAUGUCUUUUGUAUUUUUUUAAAAAUAUGUUGGCUUUGUAUUUGUACGGUUUUAGUCAUGAUGAAGCUGUGCUGUGUUAGGGUUUUAUGCUACAAACUCACGUUUAAGUAUCAAUUAUCGCGAUGACCUAAAAACACCUGAAUAAACUUAAUAAACUCGCCCACCGUGUCAGUUGGAGGAAAAAAACUGGACAAAAAUGCCUCCUAAAAAGCAGCAGCUAAAACCGACAGCAAAUGUCUCCAGCUCCUUGGACCUGGAGUCCGAGGACAUCAGUCUGGAGACAACGGUACCGACCACCGAGGAUGUCUCCUCAUCCGACGAGCAUCGUGACGGCUCCCAGAAGGUGACACGCCAGCUGAUCGAGAGGAAGGAGCUGCUGCACAACGUCCAGCUGCUAAAAAUCGAGCUUUCUCAGAAGAAUCUAGUCAUAGACAACAUGAAAGCUGAUCACAUGUCAAAGAUUGAUGAGCUGGAGGAGAGGCUGAAUGAUGCUCUACACCAGAAACAAGUGUUGACUCUGAGGCUGGACAGCCAGCUGAAACUUGCUCAGGAGGACAACAGGAAGCAGCAGAGUCUGCGCAGACAGGAGAUGGAGGCCAUACUGCUCAGGCAGCAGCAGUUGGAGGAGACGAAUCGACAGCUCUGUGAGAAGGCAGGAGAGCUGCGGAGGUCUCUCAGGGAUCUGGACAUUUCACAGGAAAGGUACCAGGAGCUCCGCAGCCUCCCUGAGGACAAACUCUCCAUACAGGAAUACGUAGCUAUCCGUUUUUAUGAAGCCAUGAAUCCUCUGCGGACUCAACUGACUCAACUCAGCGAGCAGAAAAGCUAUCUGACCGAAGAGCUGGAGCUACACAGGAACAAGAUGAAGGUUUUGAUGGAGAGCUAUGAUGAGGAGCGGCGGCUUCGUUCGGAGCUGGAGCUGAGAAGCCAAAGACUGACCUUAGAGCUGGCGGACACUAAGCAGCUGAUUCAAGAGGGCGACUAUCGCAGAGACAACUACCCAAACAUCAAACGUGAGCGUGAUACGUUUGAAGCAGAUUUGAAGGAGCUAACAAAGAGAUUCGAGACUGUAGAACGGGCUCACGCUGCCCUGACCAAAGACAGAGACACGCUGAGCAAGGAGGUGGCGACGUUGCAUCAGUCAGUUACACUCCUGCAGAAGGACAAGGAGUACCUCCACAGACAGAAUAUGGAGCUCAAUGUCCGAUGUGCACAUGAAGGAGAUCGCCUCGAGAGGCUUCAGGUGCAAUUAGAAGACACUAAAAAAGCCAGGGAGGAGGCCUAUGAAAAAUAUGUUUCAUCCAGAGACCACUACAAGUCCGAGUAUGAGAACAAACUGAGGGAGGAGCUGGAGAACAUCCGGCUGAGAACCAGCCAGGAGAUCGAGAACCUGCAAAGAACCUCCAGGGAGAUGUAUGAGAGAGAGAACAGGAAUUUGCGUGAAGCCAGGGAUAACGCAGUCCUGGAGAGAGAGAGAGCUGUAGCUGCUGAGAGGGAUGCUCAGUCCAGAUAUGACCAGCUGCUGGAGCAGUUUCGUCAGCUCCAGCUGGGCACCGACAGCCGGGUGGCAGAACUGUCCAGCCGGUCCAAGCUGCACUCAUUCGAAGCCGAGCGAGCUCAGAUGCUCAAGGAGGAGACGGCUAAAGCCCUGGCACAGUGCCAACUGGAGUGUGAGAAACAACAGAAGAAAUUAGAGCUUCUCACUCAGGAGUUUUACAGACUACAAACAUCGUCUGAGAAGCGGGUGGCCGAGCUUCAAGCUCAGAACGCCGAGCAGGCGUCCCGCCUGGAGACGUAUGAGAAGCUGGAGCAAGAGCUGGACCAGGUCACCAUGCAGGCGGCCGAAAUUGAGGAUGAGGAAGAGGCAGAGAGGGUUCUGUUCUCAUACGGCUACGGAGCAAACGUUCCCACAACGGCCAAAAGGAGACUGAAGCAGAGCGUUCACCUGGCCCGCAGGGUGCUGCAGCUCGAGAGGCAGAACACGUCACUGAGGAGGGAGCUGGAGAGACACAAGUCACAGGCAGGACAGACUGCUCAAGAGCUGUCUGCCGCCAACCAGCUGUUGCAGCAGACGCAGCAGCCGUACAGCUUUAUGAUCGAGACGGUGAGAGAACGAGACGCACAGAUCAGCCGGCUGAAGGAGCGCGUCUCCUCUCUUGAGGACGACGUCAGCUCUCUGAGGAAAGAGCGUAAUGCUCUGCAGCAGGUAAAAAACGACAUGGCAGCCGACCUGGAGCGACUUCUCAACAACAGAGAGGAGUUGGCAGUGAUGAAGCAGGUCCUGAUCGGCAUGCGGUCCGGACAAAGCGACGCUCUGAAUCGGUUUGAAACAGAAAAAGGUGGUGCAAAGACUUCAGAAACAGGAAAGCAGCGAUCCAAACGUGUUGGCCGCACUGUGGAGGAGGAAUCGCCUAACAAGCCCAAACCUACUGUGUUUACCAAAAGCGACGUUCCUGAUUGGUACCAAAGGCUAAAACAGAAACCCAAAUAACCAUUUCCGUCUGUGCUUAUCCUGUAAUUUAUUUUAAAAUCUUGUGUGUGUGUGUGUGUGUGUGUGUGUGUGUGUGUGUGUGUGUGUGUGUGUGUGUGUGUGUGUGUGUGUGUGUGUGCGUGCAUUUAAAGAACCUUUCAAAUAUGAAAGCAAAACCGUUUUAGUUUGUCUUCACUUUUGUGUGAAUUUUCCUCAGCAGAUCAAUUUUUCUCUGUUAGUCUAAAGUCAGCGGUAUUACCAUCCACAUUCCCUCUUUACUGGCUGCCCAAGCAUUCCUUUUUCCUGCCAGUGGUCUAUUUUAUUGGGUCUGUCUAUCAUUAUUUCCUCGUCUUUUUGUCUACACAUAGUGGUUGCUACAGACAAACAACACCGCGGAAACCUUACACUUUGAUUUGCAUGAGCUGAAGCUCUUUGGCUUUAAAUAUAGACAUAGUAGGCAUACCUUUAUCAUUUAAGUUCAUGUUCUUAUUGGUGUCGUAUUAAACUCUACCACAUGGCCACUAGAAA